AUGUUUAGAAUCAGAACAAAACUAGGCAACUUAAACAGGAGACUCCUCAUCCACCCAAAGCUGCUCUACUUUGCCACUUCCCUCUUCUUCUACACCCUCCACAUGUACAGAUCGCAGUUUGUGACUGAGAUGUACGGCGUAAAGAAGAGCUACUGGGGCCUCUACUUCACAAUUCCACAGAUAGCGAGCCUGGUCUUCGGAAUCAACGCAGCCGCCUUCGUCGACCGCCUUGGAAUCCAGAAGUGGAUUCUGGUUGGGUCGAUUGGCGUCGCAAUGGCGCUCUUCGGCGCAUUCUUCGCCAUCAGCAGCUUCGCCCUCUUCCUGGCCAUCUUCACGAUCUACUUCUCCUGCGUCUCAGUCACAAUCCCCCUCAUUGACAAGGUGGUGCUUGAGUUCCUAGACCGAACCGAUGGAGUCGAAAUGGCCAACUACGGGAGACAGAGGAUGUUCUGCCCAAUCGGAUACAUCGUCUGCUGCUUCAUCCUCGACUACAUCGUCGGAACAAGCCAGGUCGGUGGAUCCGUGGUCUACGACUUCAGGCCGCUGAUUCCGUACGCCCUGGUCACCGGUGCCGCUGCCAUUGGCGCCGUCCUCCUCCUCGUCGCGAAUCUGCCUCGCCAGAACGCAGCCCAGCGAAGCAACCUGCGUCUCGUUGGCUCCCUCCUCAGAAACAGCGAAUUCACCUUCUUCAUUCUGCUCAUCUUCCUAAACGGUAUCACGCGUGCAUCAAUGACAAACUACGUCAACGUCUACUACGACGACCACCUUGGAUUCAACAAGGACAACAAAAAUGCAACUGGUCUCAGCCUCUACCAGUGGAUCCACAACGGCAGGAAGAAGGCAGUGGCCGUUCUCUUUGGAAACAUCACCGAAUUGGCCGUCUACGUUCUGAGUGCACCGAUUGUCUGUCGAUACGGGCUGCUUCUUCCGAUUUUCUGGUCGCAGCUGGCCCAGGUGGUUCGUUUCGGUGGCUACUUCCUUUUGGCCGCUGAUUCGCCAAUUCGAUUCGAGGUCGUUCUUCUUCUGGAGAUGGUGAAGGGUGUUGGAUUCGGUCUCAUUCAGUCGAGUGCUGCCACCCUGGCAGUCAGGCUCGUUGCUUCCGACAUGAAGGGGACGGCUCAGCUCGUCUACAAUGGCGCAUUCAUUGCCCUUGGGACUGUGGCUGCUGGUGUUGGCUUUCUCUUCGUAUUCAACGCGUACAAGGCAACGGGAAACAUGAUUCCUGUUGCAGCGUAUAAGGCGAUGUUUCUGAUUGAUGGGCUACUUACUCUCCUAUGCAUUGGACUGAUGUUGAUGAAGUAUGCGAUGAAGGACAGGGUGCUAUUUGACACAGACAGGCUGAAUGAGAAAUUGGACAGGAUUUCAGCUGAGGCAUUGGAGGAGGAGAUGGAGGAUGUGAAGGAGAUUGAUGGACAGGAAGAAGAGGAAAAGGUGGAUGAUUUAAAAAAAGUCAAAAUAGCAGCGAAGGAGUUGUGA